AUGGCUGCGCAAGCUGCAGAUGCGCUUGCAAACCUCAAGGUGAAAGACCCAGAAGCCGUCAUGGCAUCGGCAGCAGCCGCGAAAGCCAACGGAAAUGGCAACGCUCCUGAAGCUGACGAGGAGGAUGACGAGGAGGAUGAAAAGGGAGCCCCGGCCGAAGGAGGAGCGGACGGAGCAGCAAAGAAGAAGAGGAAGCGGAAGAGAAAGCCAAAGAAGGCUGGAGGUGCUGGAUCAAAUCCCACGAAGCAAUCAGACCCUCCCCGAGUCCUGUUAUCAAAUCUCUUCCCAAGCGGAGAAUAUCCCGUUGGUCAGGAAGUGGAAUACAGAGAUGAGAACUUAUAUCGAACUACCAAUGAGGAGAAGAGAGCCCUGGACCGGAUGAACAACGAUUUCCUCCAAGAAUAUAGACAGGGAGCGGAGAUCCACAGGCAGGUUCGACAAUGGGCGCAGAAGAAUAUCAAGCCCGGACAGAGCUUGACCGAGAUCGCGGAGGGAAUUGAAGAUGGUGUGCGAGCUCUGACUGGCCAUCCGGGUCUGGAAGAGGGCGACAAUAUCAAAGGUGGUAUUGCGUUCCCCACAGGUCUCAAUCUCGAUCAUAUUGCGGCACAUUACAGUCCAAACGCUGGAAACAAGACGCUUCUCAGCAAGGACAAUGUCAUGAAGGUCGAUUUCGGAGUGCAUAUCAAUGGCAGAAUUGUCGAUAGUGCCUUCACAAUGGCUUUCGACCCUAUGUACGACAACCUGCUUGAAGCAGUGAAGCAAGGCACAAAUACCGGUAUCAAGGAAGCUGGUAUUGAUGCCAGAAUGGGAGAGAUUGGAGCAGCCAUUCAGGAGACUAUGGAGAGUUAUGAAUGUGAAAUCAACGGCAAGACGUAUCCAAUUAAGUGCAUUCGAAACUUGAACGGACAUGAUAUUCGGCAAUGGCAGAUCCAUGGUGGAAAGAGUGUACCCAUCGUCAAGAGCAACGAUCAGACAAAGAUGGAGGAAGGUGAAGUCUUCGCUAUCGAGACGUUUGGAAGUACUGGAAAUGGCUACGUUCAGGACGAUUAUGAAACUUCUCAUUACGCAAAGCGAGCAGAUGCUCCAAAAGUAGGAUUGGGAAUUGGAUCAGCAAAGAAGUUAUUGAAUGUGAUCAACAAGAACUUCGGUACGCUGCCUUUCUGCCGGAGAUAUCUGGAUCGCUUGGGUCAGGAGAAAUAUUUGCUAGGAUUGAACAGUCUGGUAUCUCACGGUAUCGUGGAGGCAUAUCCGCCCCUUGUAGACAAGAAGGGCUCAUACACUGCUCAAUUUGAACACACCAUCUUGCUCCGACCCAACGUGAAAGAGGUAAUUAGCCGAGGAGAUGAUUAUUGA